AUCAUCUUCGAUUCUCAUCAUAUCAUAGGCCGCCCUCAAUCGGACGCCCGUGGCUGGCGCAAAUGUUAUCACAUAUGUAAUGAUGUAACAUCCAUCUUGGCAGCAUCGCUGCAUCAUGGUGCAUACAGACUUACAUGCAGCUGCCUCAUGCUAGUCGGACGACCAAUUUCCUGGCGUUAGUGUGAAUUCAGGGGUCGAGGCAGUGAACACCUGAACCCUGGGAUGCGGGUCUAUGUACCACAUGAGUUGUGCCAAGUCCCGAACGAACGGUAAAUUAUUAGUCUAUCAAGCGCUUUCAGAUUUUGCAGGACUUCAAGCCUCAAGCAUGCAAACAUGUGCUGAUACGAACUCGCUACUACUUUUUUUUCUCCCAUCAUCAUUCCCCCCUUACCCGUUAUCUCAUUGACUCGGAGGAAAUGUCAGAGAAUACCCCUGCCAUAGUCGCUUCCUCUGUUCAUCUCCACAUCACCAGUAGGAAUUUUCAACUUGUUGUGUAUUUGUCCCUUAAUUUUUUUUUCCCAGGUAUUGUCAUCCGCUUUGAUGACACCUCAAAGAAGAAAAUCGAUUUUGCCGAGUUGAAGUUGGACUCACAGCGACAGGAGAUUCGCCACAGUUCGGAACAAGACAAAGACCUCAGUGCGAAGUUCGAUCCCGCCAUUGCGGUGACCACUGACCGGGUUUCCUUGUCUGUACACUAUCAAUACUAUACUAUAGGCACGUUUCUGAGGAAGACCACCAAGAAGUUUUCAUUAGACAGAAAAGAUAUCUUGUCUAAUGCAUUCGAUGUGAUAGAGUAUAGGAUGACUGAGGGGAAGAUGUCUGUUGUUGUCACAACGUCACAGCUGCAGUCGACUAGCAGCAGUAUUCUAGAGAUUUGCCCAAGAUUUCGGCUACUUGUGAUAGGGAAGACCGGCGUCGGAAAGUCAUCACUGAUCCAGCAGGCAUUCAGAAUAAAUGAACAUAUUUCUGAACACAAACGUGGUGAAGCGGAUAUCGAAAGGGAAUUCAUCGCGGAAGAAAAUGAACGAUUUGUCCUCCACGAUAGUCAAGGGUUUGAAGCUGGCGAUAGCAUGAUUUUUAAGACCGCAAAAGACUUCAUUGACCGCCGACGCAAGGAGCCCAAAUUACAGAACAAAAUCCAUGCGGUAUGGCUCUGCCUUUCGAUACCUCAUGCCGAUGGACGCUUGCUUGAGAGCGGAGUAGAGGAAUUUCUCAAAUUGAGGAAGGAAAUACUAGGCAAUAUUCCGCUCAUUGCUGUCUUCACCAAGCAUGACAUCUUUGUCGACAAAUUGGAGUACGACGCUGGUGAAUCAUGCGAUGAAGUCACGCUCGAAGACCUUAAAGUUAAUACAUUGGAUAAACUGUGUAUCCAGCCGCUUAAGGAAGCAGCUGGGAGCGACAUCCUGCACGCAACUGUUUCAACGAACGAAGAGUACGAGAGGACCAUAAGACAACUGGUCGAUCUUACAACCACGAACGUCGAAAAAUAUGUUGCCUCAGAAGCGGCAUUAGCAAUGAUGAUAGCCCAGCGAGUAGACAUCGGUCUUAAACUUAAAGCAUCAAUUGCCAUCGGCGAGAAAAGAUAUUGGAGAGGUCUCGCUUCGAGCAUGAACUUCACCGGCUUUACCAUGUUGGACUGCUUGUCUGUGAUUCACAAGGACAUCAUUGACGUUUGGAACUUCAACGACCCUCAUUGUCACUUGUCCAGUGACCAGUUCAAAGCACUGAUCCUAAAAGAUCUAGACAAGGUCGACCUUCCACACACAGCACAGGCCUUUGAAUUCGGCCUCUCCGUGGUCGCGACAAUUGCAUCGAUUUUGUCAUCGCUAUCCGGCCCGCUUCUACCAAUCGUCGUACCCAUUGCCGCAGGGGUGGUCUUGACUAAAUGGGUUUAUGAUACCUAUCAACGGACAAACAUUGUUUUGCGGCGGAUCAUGACAUACAUCGUGGAUUUAACAUGUAUCAUGCAAAUCUUGUUCCUGCUAGCACCGACAGGGCCUAUCUCUCGUCACGUCAUAAAAAUUGCCAUCAAAGGUUAUGAGGGGACGUGCAAAAGCGAUGUUCACUCAGCAAUUCAAUCGCACUGUGUAUCUGUCACCCGUGGCGGAGGGGACGAUGCAUUGGAGAAGAUAGUUAGAUUGAUCAAGGAUCAUUCUAUCAAGGCUGAAGACGUUCAGAACCUGAGGACGAAGAUUGGGCACGUGGAUUUGCAAGUAGAGGAAGAGUGGUAGACGGUCACCGGGCUUUCAUACAUGACAAUGGUUUGUAGUUUCC